UAGAUUUUAGAUAAAAGGCCCGGCUAUACUCACAACAAAAGUGGAUUAUGUCAAAUGAUAAUGACGUCAAAUUAUUUCGAUUUAUCUUAAAUCGGAUGAUAACAAAUCUAACAAGAUUUAAUAGAGAACAGGAUUAAACAGUAUCUCUAAGUGACAAGUUUAGAAUCAAGUAUGUUUUUCAAGUUUGUGCUGUCAAUUAUCGUUUUAUUAUCCCCUAAGUUAUUAUUCUGCAAUGGAGACGAGCCCGAACAUUCAAUCGAAGAGUACAACGAAAUGCUGAAAAAAGUGAACGUUACGUUAAACCGAAUGUACAAAAACAUGGAGAGGCGUGCCCAAGUUGACAAAGACUUCCUCGAAAGCCAACUCGAAGAGUCGAUGAACGAGCUCAGGCUCAAGGAGAAGGAGACGGCACCCAGGCGUAAAAGGGAGCUGGUAAAAUUACUCGAAAAUACAUACAGCUUCAUGAAGACGGGGUUCGACCAGGCGAUGAAAGAGGACACGUACACAGGCGCAUAUCGAAAAGCAAAGCAUGCCAAAGACCAUGCGAUUUCAUCAUUCAAAGAGAUGUAUUCCCGUUAUAAGCCAUUUUAGGUUGUAUUCCUAAUAGAUGUAUGUAUUUAAAAUGUAAAUUGAUAUAUUACAUCAACCACCAGAUUCUCAAAUUGUUUCCCAUCAUGGAGAAAUUAAUGUCACACAUUGAAACUUUUUGUUUUUAGAUUAAAAUAUGAAACUUAUAUUUUCUUAAACAUAA